AAAAAGUUGUUGCAAUUUGUCAUGGUUGUAAUAAAAAAUAUGCUGGAUAAGAGAAAUCAUUUAUGAAGAAGCGUUUGUCUUCAAUUGAGGGGAGAGUUGCCAUUACUACUGAUAUGUGGUCUGCGAAGAAUCAAAAGAAAGGUUAUAUGGCAGUGACGGGACAUUUUAUUGAUAAUGAUUGGAAGUUAGAACAUCACAUUUUGAGGUUUAUAUAUGUGCUAGCUCCACACACCAGCGAGACACUUGCAAGGGUAUUUUUUUUAAUCCCAGUGGGCAAACCACCAAGUAUGGUGGGGUAUUGUAAGAUUCCAGAAACAAAAAGAUUGAUCGUAGACUCAAAAACAAGAUCGAAUUCGACAUAUGAGAUGCUUGAAAUUGCAUUGUUGUAUAAAGAUGCUUUUUACAGGUUGAGACAAAGUCUGAAGAAUGAAAAGUUUGUUUUACCUGAUGAAAACACAUGCAAGGAUAAUGCCUUAAGAUGUUCAAGCAUUUUCGUUGAUGAAGAUGUCCAAGAAGAAAAGAUUAAUGAAGAGGAUGGAGAUGUUGAAAGUGACGAGGAUGACAUUUGAUCUUGUGAUUGGAAGUUCAAUUUCUCCUUUGUCACAUGUUUUGUGAUUUGAAAAAUAUUUGUGAAAACUUGUUAUAUUUAUGUGUGUUGUUUCUCUUGUGAAAUGUUAUCCAGUACAAGAAGAUCAUAUUUCUUAAAUUAUACUUCCAUGUUUUGGUUGUUAUUUGGGACACAUCUUUUUUAAUAUCUUAAUUUUACGAUGUCUUUGAAUGUUCAAAUGUUUUUAUGUAUUGGAAUUCUAAUUAUAUCAUUACAUGCAUUUAUUAUUUUAUCAUUAUUUUAAUAAAAAUCAUUACAAAAACCUGAUUUAUUAGGAUAUUGG